GCGUAAUGUUGUCAACGUAGAGUUGUGCUAUGGCUGGGAGUUGAGUAUUUUAGAUAACUUUACACUUUUAUUUUGCGUACAACCACUGCCAUUGAAUGGACAAUAGAAAUUGGCAGUCGUGGUGCCAGAAAAUAUCGAACUUCAGUUGAAUGCCAUGGAUUAGUCUCUCCUCUUUCCACCCGGAAAAAGGGGUUAGUGGGGAGGAAGCUCUUCACAUGCUCAAAUCAGUUAGCAAGUAGCAGCUUGAUGGCGCUCAGUGUGUUCCCAAUUCUGGUAUUGUCGCUAUACUAACCCGUCUUUCACAAAAAAGAAUUACGACUUAAAAGGCAGCCUUCACUGAGGGUAAAGGGGUUCUCAAGAAGAACUAUAAAAAUAGCUAACUCUCCGGGUUGCCUCGGCUGUAGCUACAUUUCACGUGAGGACUUCUGUGGAUACCAUUUUCUUAAAGAGUCCUUUACGAUCAUAAGUAAAACUAAUCAUUGUGACGAAGCUAUGGAGAUUCUCCCAGUACUUGACCCACUAGAUAAACCCAAAGAAAGACUAUGGUAUUCCUUGAUACCCAGAGGAAGUGCUCCAGGUGUUAGUGUGGGUCACACCUGCACAUUUACUCCAUGUGGAGAAGGAGGAAAAGGAAGAAUCCUUAUUGUUGGGGGAGCCAACCCCAGUGGCAGUUUCUCACAUUCCCAGAUCAUAAAUCUAGAUAACCAUGAAUGGGACAUUCCAGACUGGGAGGGUUUGGAGGCACGUUAUGAACACUGCAGCUUUGUGCCAGAGAGCUGCCCACAGAGCCUGUGGGUGUUUGGGGGGGCACAGCAGAAUGGCAAUCGCAGUUGUAUCCAGAAUAUACAGCUUAAAGACAGUGGGUCUCACUGGAAAGAUGUAUCGGUAAAAGGGAAACCCCCCUGUCCCAGGACGUACCACACCAACUCAGCCUGCCUUGGGGACAGAUUGUAUGUCUUUUUUGGUGGUGAAGCAGGAGCUGAACCUGUGUCAGACCAAAAACUUCAUGUCUUUGAUGCAGUGUCUUCCACCUGGUCCCAACCAGAAACACAAGGCAGAUGCCCACCAGCCAGACACGGCCACAUUAUUGUAGCAGUGGGUUCAAAGAUCUACAUUCAUGGAGGCAUGGCUAGAGACAAAUUCCACAGUGACAUGUACUGUCUUGACACAGGGACCAUGAAGUGGGAGACAGUGCGGGCCAAAGGAGACAUCCCACCAGGAGUAGCAGCCCACUCAGUUGUGGUGCUGGGCAAGAACAUUUACAUCUUUGGAGGGAUGACUGCAGAUGGAGCUAGCAACUCCAUGUACAAAUUCAACACUGACAAAGGUAGAUGGGUCCUAAUGAAAUUUGAAGGAGAUAUGCCACCGAACCGCCUAGACCACUCCAUGUGUUUAUUGCCAUGGAAGGUGUGUGAUAAGCGAAACGGAGAUGAGGGGCAAGCAGACAGCCCAGCGGGAUCAGAGACAAUACAUCUGGCCUUUGUAUUUGGAGGGAUGGACACCCAUGGUGUCAUACAUAAUGAUUGUAUUGUGACUGUGGUGACAUGAUGUGCCUUGGUGUUGUAAUAUUAAUUUACUGAAGUUGUAAUAAAUGUUUGUCCAGUA